AUGCUCAACACAAGAGACGAAAUUAAUUUGCACAGGCUUUUGAUCAGUUGCGAGAAUAAGCUUAAUGAACAGCCUAUCGAUGUCUGGACAGCAUCCGAAAAACGAAAGUUUGCUACCUAUGUCAAGUUUUUAGCUAAACUGCAAAAGAAGUCGAGCUCUACAAGUGUAGCACCAUAUACUCCCCGCAUAGACCAAUUGACCAGAGCUGUUGCGGUUCAUACGAUGCAUGUAGAUGUCGAGAAAGGAAUAGCAGAGGCACGCCUUGGAAAAAGAAAGCUGUUUGAAGAAUUAGAGCAGUAUGAAAGCUCUGAUCCAGAGUGGCUAUUGGAGUUGAAACGACAAGAUGAACAAGCAGCACAGGAGGCAUUGGAUAGAAAGAAGAAAUUAUUGGAGCAAGAGGAUGAGGAAGAAGAGGAUCCAAACGAGCUAAAGGACGAGAAAGAGGAAGAUGAGCAAGAUGAUCCAGUGAAAGAGACAUUCAACGAAAUGACAAACGCUUCUGAAAUACGACAAAGAAACAAUGCAAAGAACGAAACAUCCAAUAUUGAACAUGUACUACAACAUCAUCGACAAAUGCAUGACGAGUUGACAACUGAUUUAGGCCGUAUGGCGAAGCAACUCAAGAUCAACAGCCAGGCAUUUGGAGAUACACUUUCGAAAGACGAUGUUGUUUUGAAGGAGGCACAACAAGCUGUGGAAAGCAAUUUAACACGCAUGACUAAGGAAAGACAGCGGUUAGAUGUGCACUAUUCUAAAUCUUGGGGUACCAGUUUUAUGACCAUGGCAGUGGCAUUGUUUGUGUGUAUCAUGUUUGUACUCGUAUUCUUUACUAUAAAAUUUUUACCUAAAGCAACUUGA